GGACGGAGAGGUAACAAAACAAAAGGGUUUUGUCCUAAUUCAAUUUUGCAGAGAUGGAGGAAGAAUUGCUCUCCGCCGUGCCGUGCUCUUCCCUAACCGUCGAGUCAGUUCUCCGUGUCGCGACGGUAAUCACUAGUAUCCAAUUGAAAUUCAUGUUUGUGUUAGUGUGUGUAUAGAUAGAUGUCUGAGAUUUUUGUUGAAGCUCAGGCCGGUGGAUUAUAUGGGUUAUGCGCCGGACCUCGUGACGCUCGUAAAAUAGGUUUAAGCGGCGUUUCUCAGGCUUCCUUUGUGGCGAAAUCCAUUGGCAGAUUCGGAUUUCAAUGCGGUCUUGUAAGUGGUGUGUUUACUAUGACACAUUGUGGGCUUCAACGAUAUCGAGGCAAGAAUGAUUGGGUGAAUGCUUUGGUAGGAGGAGCUGUGGCGGGAGCAGCUGUUGCCAUUAGCACAAGAAACUGGACACAGGUUGUUGGCAUGGCUGGCCUCGUCUCUGCUUUUAGUGUUUUGGCUAAUUGCACCAGGACAGAAAACCCAAACAACACUAAUUAAGGUCUUUGACAAGUCCAUUCAAGAAACUGUAUGGAAUUGGAACUUGAAGAUCAAUACACUGACUCUCCGGUUCGAUCCUAUUUAGUUGGCUGAACCCGUGGAUGGUUCUUCUUUUCUAUAGACCACACUUUUGGUCUUGUCUCUCUGUAGUCAUCAUGUACACACAAAGUCCCUCGAACCCGAAACCGUAUUUGCAUCAAUGCUUAUUACUGUAUAAUGUUAUUUACAAGAUAGAGAUAGUCAUAGAAAAAUUAAAACAUCAAAACUGAUUUUUAAUAAAGUGUAUGUUAAUAGCCAUGCUGUUUCUUAGGAAAGCCAGUUUAUUCACGAAUCCACCAUUUUUCUACUUC